CUCCCCAGCAAAACCAAGCAGAGUGUCAUGAUUUAUUGUGGUGGCAUACUUCAUGUUUUUUAUUCUCGGAAUGCCUGUUUGACUUUGUGGUUUAUUUAGCAGCUCAAUUUCUUUUUCUUCCUGCCUCCGUUGCCUAUGAUUAUUUCAUUCCCCUUUAACUCUCAUGGAGCGCUGGUGGCGUAGUGGUUAAGAGUUUAGGCUGCUAACCAAAAGGUCAGCAGUUUGAAUCCACCAGCCAUUCCCUGCAAACCCUAUGGAGCAGUUCUACUCUGUCCUGUAGGGUCACUAUGAGUCGGAAUCCACUCAAUGGCAGUGGGAUUAAUCCUCAUAAGAUGGUAGAAACAAGAGAAAGGAGGUGAAUAUAAUUUCCGGAUACUGACUUCUGCAUAUCACAUCUUAAGUUUUGGACUUUCAAACCUAUUUCCAUCUUUCUGGGUCAGCUGCCUAUGGGUAUUGGGCUUUUUCUCUUUGCUUUAUGAUGUUUUCUCAGAAAGACUGUAUUGUGUCAUGUAAAUAUAUUAUUUAGUUUGCAAUAUAGUACGUGUACGUCAUUUUCUACAUGAUGACAUAUGCAGCCUAAUAGUUGAGUGUAAAUUUUAAGUAAAUAGUAUAAUGCCUUAGUUGGGACUUAAAAUAGUUUUUCAUUUCUGUGACUUUCUGUUUUGGAGUCAAGGCCUUACUUCCCACCCAGAGAGUUGAGUUUGCCUCAUAUGGAAAUUGAAUAAGGUAUUCACACCUGGAAAUGUGAAACACCAUCUGACUGAAAGUAUUUUGAGAUAUCCCACGGAGUCAUUUUUAAUUCAUUCAGUGGACAAUAAUUAUGGAUAUAAAUCAUAACCUAGCUUUUGAACUGUUAAUACAUUUUGAGAUGUGACUCUUUGAAGGGUGUGGUGAUGGGUAGGGGAAGGGAUGGCUCAUUUCCUAGGGAGUACAAUAGGAGAUUCUGGUUCCUUUUGACUAAGCUCACCACAUUUCUUGAGGGAGAAAAUUAGGGGGAAGAGAGACAUAAAAAUCUUGUAGACAAGCUGUUUUCUAAAUCUCCUUCUUGAUUUGCUCAUUGGAGAGCUGUGGUUGCUGGCAUAGCCGGCACAAGCAGUAAGGAUGACUCACGAGAUGACUUAGGGUCCCAUUUGAAGAAGUCUUAGGUCAGAUUUAGUUGUCUUUUCUUCUUGAAGCUCUCUCUGCUCCUAUCAGCUGGUCUCCUAUGCUCUAUCCCCUGCCUCUCUAACCGCCUGUAUUUGACACUCAUACUGUAUAUGGGCCUUGCUCUCAGCUAAGCUAAUCCAUACCAAGUUGCUUGAGGACCAAGAUGAUUCUUGGGCAUCAUUGGUGGCCAGGCCAGAAAUGCUCAGUGAAGAGAACCUACUUCGAUCCUUCUCUGUCUACCUGAUGGUGGGACAGGGUUUGAAGCUGGGGUCCAGGGCUGGCUGUGUGUGUGGGCAUAUGUCUGUGAACCCCAUUGAAAUUGAAGGCAACCUUUUAUGUGUAUUUAUGUUUUGGCGUGAGGUUCUGAUGAAACCUAUGGCAUCUCAAAGAGACCGUGAACAAAAAGCAUUAUACCGUGGUUUUUGGGUGUUGCUGUCCAGCUGUUCACCUUAGCAGCCCCUGGAGGAUGGGGAUAAGCGAGGAGGACAUGUAUCGUGCUGCGGAUGAAAUAGAAAAGGAGAAAGAAUUACUUAUACAUGAAAGAGGGUCAUCAGAACCCAGAUUAAGUGUAGCUCCAGAGAUGGAUAUCAUGGACUACUGCAAAAAAGAAUGGCGGGGAAAUACACAAAAAGCAACAUGCAUGAAAAAGGGCUACAAGGAAGUUUCUCAGAAAUUCACCUCCAUAAGGUGCGUCCGCGGCGAUAAUUACUGUGCGCUGAGGGCUACGCUGUUCCAGGCCAUGAGCCAGCUGGCGGAGCUGCCCCCCUGGCUGCAGGACCCGGAGCUCAUGCUGUUACCAGAAAAACUAAUCAGCAAAUACAGCUGGAUCAAGCAGUGGAAACUUGGACUGAAGUUCGACGGGAGGAGCGAGGACCUGGUUGACAGGAUUAAGGAGUCCCUCACUCUUCUCAAGAAGAAGUGGGCAGGCUUGACGGAAAUGAGAACCGCAGAAGCAAGGCAGAGAGCUUGUGAUGAACUAUUCACCAACGAGGAGGAGGAGUACAGCCUCUAUGAGGCCGUCAAAUUCCUAAUGCUGAACAGAGCCAUUGAACUCUAUGAUGACAAAGAGAAGGGGAAGGAUGUCCCAUUUUUCUCUGUGCUCCUCUUUGCUCGGGACACAUCCAGUGACCCUGGACAGCUGCUGAGGAACCACCUAAACCAAGUGGGACACACUGGUGGCCUUGAACAGGUCGAGAUGUUCCUUCUGGCCUAUGCCGUCCGUCACACCAUCCAGGUGUACCGACUCUCCAAGUACAACACUGAAGAGUUCAUCACCGUCUACCCCACUGACCCCCCAGAGGACUGGCCGGUGGUGACGCUCAUUGCUGAGGACGAUCGGCACUAUAACGUCCCUGUCAGAGUAUGUGAGGAGACACGGCUGUGAGGGUUCACACACACCCCUGGACAGCCUAGUGGACGUGCAAAGGCACACAGGUACUUCCUCAGCUUGGGCGUCCGGCUUCAGGGUCUCUGAGAAUGAUCUCUGAGAACUCUUCCACCUCCUUUUAAGACCUCUGGGACCUCAUGCAACUCUUUGAGCCAAGCUGCACUCAGACUGUCUUUUAAUCUAAGCAUCCACCGAGUCCCUUCCCUCACCUGUGAUGCAUUGUGUCUCGGUGGGGGCCAUCCGAGCACACCUGUGGGAAGGGAACACCAGCUUCUGUGUGAAGCAAAUGCUUUUGUAUCGGAGGAGACUCACUUUGGAGAGGGAUGUGUUCUUUAUGUCUCAAAUCAAACUCCUUCUAAUGGUAAACUGGCUUUUCAUUUCUUUUUUUAAGAUAAUUUUUUUUAAGGUGGUGGUGGGUCUCUGUAGUGAUCUUCCUAUGCAAUCUGCUCAGGUGCUGUAGGUCUGUGCUCAUGGUAUGGUCACCACCUCCCUCUGUAUCGUCUCCUGCCUCCUGUGGAGGGAAGAGCAAAGGUUUGGUAUUCACUAAGGCUCUGUUAAGCAGAUCAUCUCAUAGAAGGUUAAGAAUUGGGUCCGAAAGUGGGUCAUUUGAGGCGUUCAGGAAGGUUGGAGAAGGAGCUGCAGAAGGGCGUGCCGCUGGAAAGUGGGGCAUCUUGCUCUGCGUGAAUGUGGCUGGUGUCUGAUGUCCCUUUACCCGCCGGGGUUUGGUGCUGGGCGUCAGGGACUAUUAACAACCACAGAGUCACAGUUUUAUAGUCGGAAAGGAGUUUAUAGCCACCUGUUUUUUUAGGGGAGGAAACCAAGGCUAAGAUUUCAGUCAGUCACCAAGUUCAGCGGUGGGAUGAGCUUGGAGCCAGGUCUUCCUGUGCCCCCUUCAUGCUCUGUUUUUGAGGGCACUUCCAUUGCCAAAUCCACAUAACUCACCUGGUGGCAAGGGCUGAGUAGUGGCAAAUUGUCUGAAAUCUUUCAUGAGUAAGUUUAAGCGGAAACAGGUACUAAGUACAAAUGCAAAAAUGGCUCUGCGGUCUAGGCCUUGGAUUGGCUCGGGAAUCCUGGUGGAGGCUGUGUCCCUGGCCAGGAGUGCUUUCCUCCAUGAUCACGGGCCGCGGCGGUGACAGCGGGGGGCAUCGGAGCAGGGCCUGAGUGAGGGCCCGCAUUGUCCCCUGGGUCUUGGAUUGGUUCAGAGGAGCCGGACACAUCACUCUCAGGAGUGCAUCAGCAGCAUCUGAACUGCCUCCACGUCUGUGGAAGUGCUGUUUCCCUGAUGUCCCGGCCUUUAUUUCCUAAUAAUUGCAAUCUUUAUUUGGUCCAAUUUAAUGUAGUUUAUAAGCUAUCUAAUCUGUUGUUUUUGGCAGGCGGGGCGGGGGAAUUGUUUUUGAAAAUGUAAGUUUUGCUUUUACUUAAAAAUGGAAUUCUUAGUUAAGAAAAUGCACAGGCUGCAGAAAAUCCUACAGACUAUUCAGUUUUCCCGUUACCUCCUCAGCACUAGUCCCAUUUUCCUAGAUGUUUAUUGCCUGGAGUGUUUGGAUCAAAAUCUGCUCUGCAGUGUGUGAAGACGCUGGAGAGGCUUGUUUUUUUUUCACUGUGAAAUGCAAUGGUGCAUUGAAUAUGGUACCUAGAAGCCAAAUUAAACUAAUAAUAAUGAA